GCCAAGGCAUCCUUUGCUUACAUAUCGUUUCUGUUCUCUGUUUCUCCCGCGAAAAAAUCCGUCCACAAUGUCGAAAGGGGCAACAGCAGCCAAGGAUCCUAUAAACAUCGUUCACCAAAGUGCCAUUCUAGAAGAGACUAUCAAAAAGGAACAGAGGCAUCAAAAACUAUACACAACGUACAGCGUCAAUCCAUUCAGAAAAAUGUACACAUUGACCGGAAAACCAAAUUCAACGCAUGAUUCCGCUGACGGCGAGGAAGAUGACAAUUUCCUUAAAAUUAUACACAGAGCACAUCAAGAACCAGUCAAAAAAUACACUUUUCCACAAACAGAAGCUCAAGAGAUUGGAUGGAUGUCAAAACCAUUGAUUCCACAAGACCGUGAAGACAGACGAUUGCAUUUCCCUCGUCAGAACUCAGAAAUAACAAAAUACAUGGAUGCUGCAUGGAGAAUGAAAGAGCAACAGGAAAACCUGCAAUAAAAAGAAUGCUCGAAUGUUGUAGUCCAAUAGAGAAAAAAUGGCACUUUGGCGAACGAUGUUUAUCUAAUAUCUUGUAAAAUUGAUUAUUGAAAUACAGUUAUAAAUGUAAUAAUUUUCUGAUGUUAUUUUAGUCCAUCCAUAGUUUCGUUCAUUUUGAAACUGCCAUUUCUUUUUCAUGUUAUUAGUUUUAAACCUAUGGUGGACGGGUCUUUUUUGGGAAAAAUUAAUCUGCCUCUUGAAACAUAAAUGUUCUCCCCUCUGGAAGUUCUUUAUUUAUAAUGCAUGGCUGGAUUAAUAGUAAAAUCUAGAAUAGGAUUUAGGUGAUUGUAUAUACCCUUCCAUGAUAAUGGCGAUAAUGAUCUCGAAUUGUUACACAUGAACAAACAGAUGCACAAAAUUUAAAUAUGGAUGCAUUUUCAAAUGAUACAUGGCCAUUUUAAACAUCCAAGCUUGUCCAAAGCUAGAGAUUGGUCAUUAUUAUAUACUGUGGAAUACUUUAUUUUCGCUGGAAUUAAUUUUCGCUGACAAGGCUUUUUGGGCGUUUUGCUUAGAAUUUAUUUUCACUGAUUUUUGAUGAGUUUAAUGUGAAAUAUAGGAAAAAAAAUAAAUUCGCUGGAUUUUAUUUUCACGGAAUCAUCCCUUCAGCGAAAAUAAAGUAUUCUACAGUAGUAUAUUGCAAAAUAAGUCCUUGAAUGUUCAAAGGUACUUACAAGAUUGUGUCGAUUGAAUACGCAACCCCAACAGUCGGAUCAGAUAGGCUUUUUUCACUGUAUCAAAUUUAGCUUUGUAUAUGCGUGUUUACAUUUACCAUGUUUCACAAAGAUUCUCUUACCUAAUCAAGUUUUUGUUACCAUUUAACCCCCCCCCCCCCCCAGCUCGAGGCAUGUUUCUGCAUUUAGACGUUAUCUGUUAGACAAUUCCAAGCACAUUUUUUUUAAUUUAUCAAAUUUAAUUCAUCAAAAAAAGUAAGUUGUUACAUUUGAACUUCUGUGACCGAGGCCAACCCUUAGACAAUAGUAAACAUACCUGCUAUACGCUUCAAAUAUAUGAUGUAAAACUGAAUUGGGAAAUAUAUUACUGUAAAAUACUUUAUUUUAGCUAGACUUUAUUGUCACUGAAUCAUUCCUUCAGCGAAAGUAUUUUACAGUAUCCCAUGAUUAUUUAUAAUCAUAAUCAACUGAGAUUAAAAUCAAUAAACUGCUAAUUUAUUGAGUAGAUUUAGAUCAGCCACUGUUACACAAUAAGACACAAUCUACCAUAUGCUGGUGUACAUUUAUAUUUGUAUUAACAAUGUACACACCCACUAGUAAUACUACAUGUAGUCAUCAAUACGUAUUUUUAUUUAAAAGUCUCAUCAGGUGGAAACAAAAAUAAAUAAUAUUGAAUUUUUACAA